AUGUGGAUAAAAUGUUACCAUCAUAACCAUGUUCGUGGUAUAAAUACUAACAAUUAUAUCGAAGCAUAUCAUAGAAAAAUUAAGCAUGUCUAUCUCUUAGUACGUAUUAAUCGACGUGUUGAUUUUCUUGUAAAUGAGUUAGCAGUAAAUGUUUUAAGGGAUUAUCGUGAAGAAACUAUUAGAUAUGAGUUAAAUAUUGGACGAAUGGGAUCACAUCAUAGAACUUGGAGAAA